GGACAGAUGUACUUGGGUAACAAAGAUUUCAGUACGGUUUCUAGACAGAAAGAGAUGGAGCUGAAUCAGACAUCAUCUCAUCAAACCAGUUUAUCUGCGGAAGUGGCGGCCAAACCAGUGACUGGAAGUUGCAAUGAGCUGCGGCUAUUAAAAGAGUAUCAUGGCAUGGUGGCGAGUCUUGGAGAGCCACAGACUUUGUGUGAAAAAUCAGCAAUAGGAGAGGAUACCUGCAUUGCUCUGGGGAAGGAUUUCACCCCUGUGCCCAUGCAGGGAAGAUAUCACUUCAAUUUUUCAAAAUUAUUCAGCUCGAGGUCAAAACCCACUGUUUUUACAGAGAAGACACCACUACUGAAGGUUUCCUCAGAGGAAAAUGGGUUGCAGUGUAUGGCUCUUCAUAAUCCAGAUUUUACCACAGAUGAUGAUUCAUGGGACAAUAGCUCUGCAGAAUUUGAGCAAAGGUUUCAACUGGAAAGUGAAAUGACAAGUUUUUCCAGAUCUGCUUCUUCUGAGAAAUAUGAAAUCUUGGACAACCUUCAUGUCAAGUUCAGUUUAUCAAAGAUGAGAUGCUGCCUAAAAUUCCUGAAAGUUUCAGGCCUCUUUAUCUUUGUAGUUGUCUGCUCUAUUUUAUUUGGCAUUUAUCCAGAUCAAGGUAUGUCCUGGCAGAUGUUGGCUGUGUCACCUCUGGAAAGCUUCUCUAUGAAUUUGACUGAUUUUCAUGAUUCUGCUCUGUUGAAGUUAGACAUAGGAGGCCCAUUUGAGGCACAAGAAGGUGAAGAGCAAACAGAAGAAUACAUCGUGGUACAAAUUGGCCAGAAUGAGGACACAGGAUCAAGGAGGAGGCACCAGCAGCAGGUGAUAUACAACUGGUCUCUACCCUUAAGUUUAAGAAGAAAUCAUCAGAUCAUCACAACUAGAACCUUUCAGAUACCAAACAGAGGCACCAUCUUCAUAAACAUUCAAGCUUUCCUGCAGGAGUCUGGAAGUGUUCCUCUCUCCAUGAAGCAUCAGUACCUUCAUGCCAAUAUAGAGGCACAAGUAACAGUUGCAUCCAUCAUCUUAGUAGGUGUCUACGUGCUGAUCAUACUGGAAAUUGUUCACAGGACCCUUGCAGCCAUGCUGGGCUCUUUGGCCGCUUUAGCCGCCUUAGCUAUUGUUGGGGAGAGGCCAAGUAUGGUCCAAGUGGUGGAGUGGAUUGACUAUGAGACACUGGCGUUAUUGUUUGGAAUGAUGGUUUUGGUAGCCAUAUUUUCAGAGACUGGAUUCUUUGACUACUGUGCAGUAAAGGCUUAUAGGUUCUCUCGAGGCAAGGUGUGGGCCAUGAUCACACUUCUGUGCCUUAUUGCUGCAAUUCUCUCUGCAUUUCUGGACAAUGUUACCACUAUGCUGCUCUUUACUCCAGUGACCAUAAGGCUCUGUGAAGUACUUAAUCUUGAUCCCAGGCACGUCCUUAUUGCAGAAGUAAUCUUCACAAAUAUUGGGGGAGCUGCCACUGCUGUUGGGGAUCCUCCAAAUGUGAUUAUUGUUUCAAAGCAGGAGCUGAGGAAGAGGGGAUUGGAUUUUGCUGCCUUCACAGGGCAUAUGUUUUUGGGUAUCUGCCUUGUUGUUCUGGUCUCCUUUCCUUUUCUCAGACUUCUUUACUGGAACAAAAAGCUUUACAAUAAGGAGCCAAGUGAAAUUGUUGAGCUGAAACAUGAGAUCUAUGUUUGGAGGCUGACAGCUCAGCGCAUCAACCCAGCCAGCAGAGAGGAGACUGCUGUGAAAUGCCUCUUGAUGCAGAAGGUGCUGACUCUGGAGGUACUCCUGAGGAAGAAGCUGAGCACAUUUCACAGACAAAUUUCACAAGAAGAUAAAAACUGGGAAACAAAUAUCCAGGAACUUCAGAAAAAACACAGAAUAACAGACAAAAUUCUUCUCAUCAAGUGUCUGACAGUGCUGGGAUGUGUUAUUCUUAUGUUUUUUCUCAACUCAUUUGUUCCAGGCAUCUAUCUAGAUCUUGGCUGGAUUGCCAUGUUGGGAGCCCUUUGGCUGCUAGUGCUAGCAGACAUCCAUGAUUUUGAGAUGAUAUUGAACAGAGUUGAAUGGGCAACCCUCCUUUUCUUUGCAGCAUUGUUUGUUCUCAUGGAGGCUUUGGCUCAUCUGCACUUAAUAGACUAUAUAGGAGAGCAGACAGCUUUGUUAAUAAAGGUGGUUCCUGAGGAUCAGCGCUUGGCAGUGGCCAUCAUUUUAGUGCUCUGGGUGUCUGCUUUGGCCUCCUCUGUGAUUGACAACAUCCCCUUCACAGCUACAAUGAUUCCUGUGCUUCUCAAUCUGAGUAAAGAUCCAGAUGUUAACUUGCCUAUGAAACCAUUAAUCUUCUCCUUGGCCAUGGGUGCAUGCCUUGGAGGUAAUGGAACAUUGAUUGGAGCAUCUGCAAACGUUGUUUGUGCUGGAAUUGCCGAACAGCAUGGUUAUGGCUUCUCUUUCAUGGAGUUCUUCAGGUUAGGUUUCCCCAUGAUGAUCGUGUCCUGUACCAUCGGGAUGUGCUAUCUUCUUGUUGCUCAUGUUGUAGUAGGUUGGAACUCAUAGUAAUUUAUACUUUCAGGACUCAGAUAAGCUUUCUCUUUUGUUUAUUUUAUAUCACAAUGCUAAGAACAUAUAUGAAAGUAAAAAGAUGUGUAAAACCCCAACAUAUGGUAUCAGUCAAAAUGAUUGUUGGCAUAAACAUCAGAUAUGGUCAUUCUUAACCUUUUGUUUUAUGAACAAUAUGCAGAACUAGAUGAUCAAAAUUUAAAGAAUGCAUAUAUUUCAUUAUGAAUGCAAUUAGUGUGCAGAUAAAAAGGAACCAUCUCAAGGGGAUAUGCUUUGUCUGAAAGUUUUUAUUGACACAAUCUGAGUAUAGUCACAGAUGAAAAACUCAUUCACAAUAGCAGAUGUUCUGUAAUUUUUUUUAGGGCUUCAUUUUUCUUUGUCAAUAUAUUUAGCUAUUUGUAUGAAAGUAACUAAUAUUCAAGUUGUAAUAAUUGACAGUUAAGCAGAAAAUCUGUACACUAUGAAGGAUGUAUCACUAUCUACAUUAAAAAUAAACAGAUGUCCUGAAAAUAUGCUAUGGAAGGAAUUAUUAUUUUGAAAGCAGGAUUGCAUUCCCUGGUGGCUUUGUUUUUUCAUUUUAAAGCUCCUAAACAGUGUUAGGCUACCUCUAUUUAUUUUUUCUUAAAAUAAACUACUCUUACAAAAGGAUGAAUAUAAAUAGUGACAAAGCAUCAGACAUCUUCCAUUUAAUCAUUAAUUCACUUUUGUGAAGGAAUACUCUAAAUAUUUUAAUAGGUUAAUACACUAUAUGGAAGAAUGACCUCAUACUUUGGCUUUGAUUUCUUUAUUUCUGGUGAUAAUGUUUUAAACCCCAUAUAUUGUUUUGUAUAAUUGGCUGCAGCAACAGGUUAAAAUUAUCAUUAUGAGUACUAAGUCCUGUGAGGUACUCAGGAGCUCAGUUCCCAUCUUCCAAAACCUUGGUGGGUUUGGCCUGAAAUGGCCAAUAAUGGUAGGUGUGUUUUAUCUUGAGUCAGAAAAAUUGGCAACCUGGUGAGUGUAACCCAAGUGGAAGAGGCUGAAUUACAAGAAGACAGUAGAGAUGAUCAAAAGUGUCUUUUCCUUCUGCUUAAUGAUUGAGAUAACCAGGUAAGUGAGAAAGAAGCAGUGUCUCCCCCGCCAAAGUGAAGAGAUGUGAGAUUAAUCAUACAUCCCGUUUCACUCUUAUAUAUAAUCAUAAAUCCCAUUUCACUGGGAUUUAUUUUAAGUGUGAAACGUGAUAUUAAGAAGCCAAUGGAAAUGAGGCACAGCACUCACUCUAAGCAAGGGCUGCCACGCCUCCUAGCAGGUUCAGUGAUAGCAGAGCUGGAGGGGGAAAGCUGUCUCCACUGACACCAGACCUCUCACCAAGACCUCCGUCCUCACCCAUGCUCAGCCCCCUGGAUCAGUGAAGUCUCCUGUGAUGGGGUUGAAUUUUGCAACACUGCUGAGAAACCUCAAUGUUGUGCUAACAGUGACCAUCUGUGGAAGCACUGAUGAGCUUCUCCCAGAAUCAGCAUAACUUCUGUUUCCUCUUAUAGAUCUAAAACAAAACAAAAAAUCCCACAAAACUAAUCAAAAAAACCACCAAACCCCUGUGAUAAGUCUGGGUCAAAACAAAACAAAG